UUAGGAUGGAUUAAUACUCAAAAGAAAGAAAUAAUAUCUCAUAACAAUUAUUUGUUGAAUCAUUGCAAGUUGAGCAAAAUGUAAUUCUCAUAAAAAUUGUUGCACCAAAUAACAAUUUUAUUAGUUACAAAUAAAUAAAACUGUCCAUACAAAUCAUGUAAAUAAUUUUUAUUGAAUAUCAAGAAUUGACAGGAAAAUCCUUGCUGAAUAUUAUAGCUUAAACAAAUUAAGAUGUUUAAGCGAAUAGAAAGUAACAGAGAGAAUGAAUUCUCUGUACCUGCUAAACGGCCAAGAUAUGACAUAAAAAGGGACAGUUUGGUAGAUGUUUCUACAAAUAAUAAGGAUUUAAGAAAUAAAAGAUCUGGAAAAUCAGAUGAUAUUUGGGGGGAUGAUUUUGCAGAAGAAGAUAUUGAAGAAAUGGAUUUUGUAGCUACACAGGCUUGUUUACAGGAAGAUAGUUUCAUGAGUGAACCAAAUACAGACCAAAAAAAAUUUGCACAAAAAUAUAAUAGCAUACCAUCUACUAGUAAAGGUGUUCCUAAUUUAAAUGGUAGUAUUCAUAAAUUAACAAAAUCUAUAUAUCCAUCACAGCAUAAUAAUGAAAGGAAAGGAAUAGAAAACUCAAAAGAUAUAAGUACCAUAGUUUCUGUUGACUACAAAGAAUUUGAGAAUAAAUUAAUAAAUAAAAAAGUAUAUAAUUCCACAUUUAAGCUGGAUGAAAAUCUUGUUGCAGAAUCAGAAUAUGCAAAGGAAUUAGAGAAGUUAAAAGCUGAAAAUAAGAAAUUGCUAGAUGAUUUUAUAACUAAAGAAGGAGAAGCGGUAUUUUUACGGAAUCAGUUGCAACAAAUUCAAUUAAAAGCAGAGAAUGAUCGAUUAGAAAAAGCACGUCUUAUCGAAGAACAGGAAAAUCAUCAUAGGAUGGAAAUUAAUGCCAUUUAUAAAGAGAAGGAACAUUUGAAAACGCAACUUGAAUUGCAAAUGUUUGAAGUAGGAAACUUAAUGGAACGUUGUAAGUUGUUAGAGAAUGGAAAUGUUAGAUUAACAGAACCACAUAUAAAUCUCAAUAUUUCUAUGAAAAGAAGCAAAUUUGAUUCACCAAAGAAUCGACCGUCAAUUGUAACUACGAAGCCAGUAAGGGUUAAAGAAGCUUCUGUACAAACUAAUACACUUAAUAAAAGUAGUUAUAUCUCUAAAAUAUGGAAUCCAUAUUUUCCUCUUACAGAAAUUCCGAAAUUAAUAUAUGAUCCAUCACAACCAGAGAAGUCUGUGGUUGAUAUUCAAAUUAUAGAAAAAAUUGGAAGACGGAAUUUGCCCAUUUUGCAAGAAGAAGAUACAUUCAGAAUAUUUGAAAAUCCGGAAUUAGUAAAACCUGUAACGACCAUGAUAGACGAUAAGAAAUUAUCAGUGGAAUUUAUCUUGCCUGAAAUAGCUGCUCUUCAGCGAAAAACAAGUUCAGAACUUGAAGCGGAGGAAACUAUACCGAUAAUAAAUAAAUUAAUUUUUACUGCGAGGGAACUGAUCUUAAGUAUAGUAGUUGUUCUACAAACAAUCUCUCAAGCUAUGAAAAAUGACGACAUUCGUGAUAUGAACGAUAUUUAUUUCUCUGUCUUAUAUUCGACUUCUGACCUCAACGGGAAAUGCGUGUGCUCUGCAAAUGCAUGGCACGAAUGCGAACGUGGUGUCGAAGCUAGAAGAGUGUUUGGCAUGUUGUCAUACGUAACCAUGGAAUCAACUUACCUCAGCAAAUAUAUUGCAGGAAAAACUCAUUUACUCAUAGAGAGUGAUGAAUCUUAUAAGCGUUACUCGUGUCAAAUGGUUCGCUAUAAUACCUGGUUUGAACAACAGAGUCAUGAGUUUGAGAUGCUUAAGAUGAUAUUACAGUUCGUUGUCUUAGUUGGGUCCACGAGAAGGUCGCAUCAAUUUAGUGGCCUUCUAUGUGCAAUUAUGAUGAUUAUUUACAAUAUCCAUGAAAAAAUUGGAUACUGUUCUGAAGGGAUGGAAUAUAUUUAUCAGAUAUUUAAGGAAAUAGUAUUUUGUAGACCUUUGCCAUACUGUUAUACACUAGUCAGUAAAUUAAUGAUGAUUUUUGUAAAAUCCACGAUGUAUUUACGGAAGCUUUGUAUUAAUUCACAAUCAAUCAACAACUGGAAGGGUUCUUUACACUUUACUCCAGAUGCUUGUCCGCUGCAAAUUUUCCUAGUACAGCUGGAGAACUAUGACUUCGAUCUAUUAGCCGCAAUAGACAUUACUGAUGUGUUGUUAGGAUUUGUACAGUAUAUAUUACAGACAGAUAUUAUUCCUCUGAGAUCUGAGAAUCUGAAUUCUUGUAAUUGUUGCAUGAAAUUACUAAGAUUUACUAUUAAAACGCUGUGCAAAUGUUCUGAAGCAAAUCUAGCUGCUAUCGAGAAUUUUAAGUUGGACAAUUUUCCGGUGCCAAAGGAAGAUUCUUGCAAUUUAGAAGCUAUUUGUGCCAAACAUUCGUUGUUUAAUACAAAACCAAGCAAAUUGUGUAUACGUGAAAUAUAUCGAGAUAAGUUCUCAGACGAGAAGGCUUGGUCGAUCAUGAAGGAGAAACAAUCAAAGGUAUUGAGAGAUGGAAGGAGAUUCUUGUCUCAUGUAGCGAUAUGUGAUCCGGAUUUUGUAAUUCGAGUGUCAGAUAUUGAAGAUUCAUUCCAUUUAUUCAUGAGGAAUUUAAGUGCCUUUAAGAAUUUUGUUCUCCAUGAAAACGAACAAGAAGCUAUGAAUCGAAUAAAACAAACAUUCAUUUCUGAUAAAACACAGCCAUCCGAAAUGGAACAAUUAGAAAGAAGCAGCUCUAGAAAGGAGUUAGACAUAUUAUCAAAUUUCGAAAAAAAGUUUGUUCAACCAUUGUCUGCGAGGCCCAAGCAGAAUGAAAAUUAUAACAAAGCUUUGGUCACGUUUAAAUCGUUGUUUAAUAUCAGGUUUCAUUCAUGAAAAAUCCCAAUAUAAUCUUAAUUAUUUGUUGUAACAAUAAAAUCAGUUGGAUGUAUAUUCAUAUCAAAGACUGAAAGUAUUUGAAUAUUGGAACCAUCGAUUGAUUAUUAUUUCAUGUACAUAUUAUUUUGUAAAUUAUAUGAAAAUUUGUUCUAAGUAUCGUUAUUGUAAUAAAAGACGCAGUAUCACAUAAUAUUUUAUCACGAACAAUUUUUCAAUCAGGAAUAAUUUACAUGUUAACAUGUAUCAGAUAUCGUUAUAUAAUUUUUAUCUUUUAACUAUUGAUUUAUUGUAACCUCUUGUAUAUGGUAUUAUUUUACCAUAAGCUACCCUGAAGAUAAUAUUGAAACGCACUUUACAAUGCAAAUAAAGUGUCUUAUAUACUA